AUGUGCAGCUCGCAACAGGAGCAAGACGCAGUGCAGUACGUUCAAAAUCUGACCCUGGACAAGUUGUGCUUCAAACAGAACACUCGGGAGUACCAACAUGCCGCGGAAACGAUCGCCUGGGCACUUUCGGUAGUGACAGAGAACAUGAUUCGGCAAAUUGAAUAUGUCAUUCAGAAGGCACUAAGUAUGCCGUUUGUCGCUGGAUGGAACGAGCUCAUAGUCCAUGAGUGGGUUUCAUGCAUCGGCCCCGUCGCCGCUGCUUGGGCGGUGUUCGAAGCGGGUUACGAGGUGAAGAUUUUUUCUGCGUGCCCCCCUCCCCCUUCUCCCGUCGUACAGUACGAGCAUAAUGGGGCUGUUGUCAGACGAUGCCGGUCCAAGAUCAAACACAUGAGUUUGGUUCGAUUCAGGUCUCAGCUACAACCUCCCGAAAGACCAAUUCGAAAGCGAGGCGUCGUGCAACGCGAUCCUCGUGACGAUUAA